AUCCUCUAUGCUUAUACAGCAUGUGGUACCAGUAACUCUCACAGGAUGGAUGGAUCUGGGUUUAUGUGAGACCCACUUAGCCUGAGGUCUGCUGCCUCUGAUCUGAGAGCUGUCACGGGAUUUUACAGGAGUAUAUGUAUUUAGGGGAUGGUUUUAAGAAGCUAAUAGAGAGCUGCAUCUGAAAGCUGGAAAAGGCUGCUGCUGCCACUGCUGCUGCUGCAGUAGCUGGUGCAGCAGGAUGAACGUGUAAAGGACAGCUGCCUGAGCCGUGCCGGUGAGCCUCCUGCCCUGCUCUGUCUUCAUCAGCUGAAAGAAUACAGAGGAAAACAGAUGCACUAAGCAAGUGCCACACUGGCACACUGGAUCUAUCACUGUGUACCCUUCACUGUGGAAAAUGGUCAACAAAGACAUGAAUGGAUUUCCAGUCAAGAAGUGCUCAGCCUUUCAGUUUUUUAAAAAGAGGGUACGAAGGUGGAUUAAGAGCCCGAUGGUGAACGUUGAAAAACAUCCACAUGCCAGCCUCAAAUACCCGGGGUCCACUGUGAUGAAUUUACCUGCAGGGGAUUCAGAGCUCGAGCCUCCCUUCUGCCAGACCUGCCUGAGUGAUCACCCUUUCCAGCGAGGGAUUGGUCCUCAAGAGGCUGAGUCCUGCUCCUGGGAAAGCCAGAGAAACAGCAAAAUGAAGGACCCCCAGAGCAAAGGCGAUUCGCUGCCCAAGACGGAGCCCAGGACCCUUUGGGGUGGUGAGGACACAGUGACGGUGUGUGAGAUCAAUGACACUAUGCCUUGCCCACUGAGUGGGCUGGGACACGUCUACCUCCAGCUUCAGCUGUGCCUGCUGAAGAGGCUGUGCCCAGCUGCUCAUCACCUGGCUGAUGAGAGCUCCCACAUGGAGAUCUGCCAGCUGAUCCAAGGGUUGGUAACACCCACCAUGUGGGUGCUGAUGAGCAGAUGCAGAUGCAUGGGGGCGCAGAUGCCUUUGCUGAAGGCUGGAAAGAUCACAUACUCACAGCCUGUGGUCCACUGCAUGACUGUGCAUGGGUGA